GUGUCCGAGAGAAACUCAGAAUCCCCAGUCACCCCAAUUCAGCGAGACAGUCAGAGCUUCCCAGACCCUCUCUGACUUUCUCGCCCUCAUUACUCUCCGAUUAUUCUCCGCCUCCUCUCUCCCAAAAUGAGCACCGUCAUCCAGGGUUUCACCAAGUCACUUGCCAUGACUGUGCUCUCCGAGAUCGGCGACAAGACCUUCUUCGCCGCCGCGAUCCUUGCGAUGCGCCAUCCCAGGAGACUCGUGUUGUCUGGUUGCCUAGGAGCUCUAAUUGUGAUGACUAUUCUUUCUGUUCUGGUUGGCUGGGCUGCUCCAAAUUUGCUCUCGCGGACAUGGACCCAUCACAUAACAACAGUGUUGUUCUUUGGGUUUGGCCUAUGGUCCUUAUGGGAUGCUUUUAAAGGAGAAGGGGGGGAUGAUGAAUUUGCAGAAGUUGAAGCGGAAUUGGAUGCCAAGGCAGGAUCCACCAAACAGAGUAGUAAGGAUGACGAUGAUUUGAAAAAGCAGAAUCGUUCAUUUAUCUUGCAAUUCUUCUCACCCAUUUUUUUAAAGGCCUUCUCUAUUACUUUUUUCGGUGAAUGGGGUGACAAGAGCCAGCUAGCUACUAUUGGUUUGGCUGCAGAUGAAAACCCAUUAGGUGUGGUUAUCGGUGGAAUCAUAGGACAAGCGUUGUGUACCACUGCUGCUGUCCUUGGUGGAAAGAGCUUGGCAUCUCAGAUAUCUGAGAAAAUUGUUGCAUUAUCAGGUGGAAUUCUUUUCAUUGUUUUCGGAAUUCAAUCCUUCCUUUCAACAGUUUAGGCGGGAUACUUAGCAUCUGAUUCAUGAUCUGGAUUGAAGGCUGACUCAUUGAAUUAACGAACCGUCAUCUACGCAUUGUGCAAGGGGUGUUUACGCUUACAAGGUUUGCAUCUUUUAUUAUACAGCAGAGCAAUGUACUAAUCAGAAAAGGAACUGAUUGAAAGAGUUAUUGUUUACAAGAUCAAGGCCAGUAUUGCACCCUGGCAAGGGUGGGAGCUAGACUAUUGUUGCAUGCAUGUUUGCUCGGACUAUGAAUUUAAACCAUUCGAUCUGCAAUUUCAUGUAUCAACUAUUCUUUGUCUCCUUUCCCUGUAUGAUUCAAAGAUACUACCUCGAUACGAAACUUUACAUUAUAAUGGAUAAUAUUGGCCGCUACGUAAUCUCUUACA